AUGUUCCUGUGGAAAGCCAGCGGGGACGGAGGCUUUGAUGGAAGCAGGUUAACGGGGUUCCAGCUGCCUGCCCCCAUAGUGAGCACGGGAUCUAGACUCACGCUAUGGCUGCUGUCGGACUAUGCGGUUAGCGGCCAGGGCUUUAAGGCAGUCUACGAAGCGCUGCCCAGUUACACUUGUGGUAAUCCUGGACAGCUGCAGAACGGCCACCAGCAGGGGUCUACGUUCAACAUCGGUGACAAAAUCCGCUACAGCUGCAGCCCUGGCUAUGUGCUGGAGGGUCACACCACUCUCUCCUGCCUCGCCACCUCUGCCGGAAACGCAGCCUGGGACUUCCCCCUGCCCUAUUGCAGAGCGGACGAUGGGUGCGGUGGGACUCUGAGGGGCCAGAGCGGAGUGAUCACCACUCCUAAUUACCCCAGCGAGUAUAACAACAAUGCCGACUGCACCUGGACUAUCCUGGCUGAGCCCGGGGACACCAUCGCCCUGGUUUUCUCUGACUUUCAGCUGGAGGACGAUUAUGACGUGUUGGAGGUUAGCGGCACCGACGGCUCCUCUCAAUGGUCUCUCGCCAUCUGCAGAAUCUCCUCCUCCCCAUGA